AUGCGCCUUGCUGCACUGUUAACGCUCUGUGCCGCUGCUACGGCAUCAGCUGCACCUCAAUGGUCUCGGCCCUACAGACGCGCAAAUGACACCGGGGUCAACCCAUUUGAGGGUAAGAAGCUCUUUGCAAACCCAGCAUGGGCAAAGAAGCUGGAUCAGACCUACGAGGCUUUCCUCUCGCAGAACGACAACGUCAAUGCCAACAAAGUCCGAGUAAUCCAGGACAUCGGCACUUUUGUCUGGGUAUCUGACCGUGCCGGCCUAAAGAACAUCGAUGAUGCCAUCACUGCCGCGCGGGCCGAGAAGGCCGCCAGUGGUGUCGACCAAAUUGUUGGCUUGGUCCUGUACAACCUUCCAGACCGCGACUGCAGCGCCGGUGAGAGCGCAGGAGAGCUGAGCAGUGCUGAAAAUGGACUAGAGAUUUACAAGAAUGAGUUUAUUAAGCCCUACGCCGAGAAGGUGAGCGCCGCCACGGAUCUCACCUUCGCCAUCGUGCUGGAGCCUGACUCCCUCGCCAACCUGGUCACCAACAUGGCGGUUGAAUUCUGUGCCAACGCUGCCGACGUUUACAAGGAGGGUAUCGCCUACGCCAUCUCCAGUCUUCAAUUCAAGAACGUACAUCUAUAUAUGGAUGCUGCUCAUGGAGGAUGGCUCGGUUGGAAUGACAACCUCGCACCCAGUGCCAAGGUAUUCGCAGAAGUUGUGCAGAAGUCUGGCAAUAACACCAAAAUUCGAGGCUUCGCAACCAAUGUCUCCAACUACAACCCAUUCAACGCUGCCCAGAGGGAGAACUACACCGAGUAUAGUAAUUCUUGGGACGAGUCCCACUACGCCUCGUCGCUGGCCCCUCAUCUUGAGGCGGAAGGUCUCCCCUCCCGUUUUAUCGUCGACCAGGGCCGUGUGGCACAAUACGGCGCCAGGAAGGAAUGGGGUGAGUGGUGCAACGUCUCGCCCGCUGGGUUUGGCCCGCAACCUGGCACGUCUAACAACAACACGUAUGUGGAUAGUCUGGUGUGGAUCAAGCCUGGUGGUGAGAGUGACGGGCAGUGCGGUAUGACGGGGGCGCCGAGGGCUGGGGCUUGGUUUGAUGAAUACGUCCAGAUGCUGCCCCAGCGCCCUCAACUCGACUUCAAGCAGAGCACCAAGACUGACCACCAUUGUGCAUUGGGAUCAGACUCCUUGGCGAUUGAAAACAACAUGGGCAGCCCCUAUACUCGACUCUGGUUGCCCCGCGCCAUUCGACUUGUCGAUAUGAAAUCAGGUGAAUGGGAAGCUCCAAUCGAUUGCCGACUCUGGUACUACACCCUGGACCGCAAGCCUACCUAUCGAACAUUAUCAUACCCUUGGGGCUCCACGAAGGUGAUCCGACCGGUGCUUCUUGAUGGGUGCGAAGUGGCUGUGACAUGCAUCAACCAGAAUGAUGACGAUGAGAAAAAGCAACAGGUUCUCAUCAUGCGCGACAUUUACGCCUCGUCGGAAGAGACGAUUGUCUUCCUAGGAGAUAGUCGCGGUCAUCGCAACCUGGGCCUCUCGAGCCAAAACCCACCCCAUGAUGAAUAA